GGAAUCUGUGCUCUAAGGUUGAUUCUCUCAACAGUAUCAAACCAGGAAUACUUACAGACCUGGUUCAUCAUCAUCAUCAUCAUCAACAUCACCCACCGCGAGUCCUAGCAGAAGCUCCACCACUAUGCACAGCCCAUCACCCCAGCUUCUGCGCGCCUUGCGUACUUCCAUCUUCGCUGACCGCAGCGUCAAUCUCUGUGCCCAGCUCACAUCCCGAUCUCGCUCGCCUUUCUCUCGGAUUGGCCUCUCGGCCUCAUCUCCGCGGUACAACAGCAACAAUGCCCGCCCUACCCGCAUGAUUCCUCGCGCCCACAGCGCAAAGCCCUCAAGUCACGACCGCGGCCCUCAGUCGACGGAGGACACGCAAACGGACUUCGCCGCCCUCAAUGUCCUCGGCAACAUCCCCGCGCCGACCACUGCGAUCGAUGCCACACUGGACACUGGGUUCCACCUCAACAACGGGGUGAAGAUCACCGGUGGCGACGGCGUGAUGCUUGUGGGCGGAGAGGCGUUCCCGUGGCGUCCGUGGCAGGUAGCCGCCGGGGGUCAUCGGGAUGCUAUGCUCAACAAGAAGAGUCAAUUCGAGCUUGACGAGCAGGCCUGGGGUGUAUUGGAUCUGGUGUGGCCUCGUCCUGAUCUUCUCAUUCUUGGCAUGGGUGAAUAUGUUUUCCCUCUAUCGCCGGAAACGAAGAGAUAUCUCAAUUCCCUGGGCGUGCGGGUUGAAGUGGCCGACACUCGCAAUGCGGCUGCACAGUUCAAUCUGCUUGCUACUGAGAGAGGAGUGUCGGAGAUCGCUGCGGCGAUGAUUCCGAUCGGAUGGAAGGGGAAUAUCAGAAGAUAGAUUACUGUUUAUUGCAUAUCACUUUGUGGUGAGUUGUUCAUGGUGGAUGGUCUGGUACACUCAAGACCUCGGAUGCGGAGGUUGAUAGCUGUAAAUUACGAGGUUGGGGAAACAGUAUCCUGUGUGAGAGGGUACUAGCACGCCAUGGAGAGAACCUCCACUACGGGCUUGUUUUUUUUUGUUUCUCUUUUCUCUACUCUUAUUUUUUUUUCUUCUGUGUUAAUGUAUGUAUAUUAUGCCAAAAAAA